UUGCUUGCUACUUCACACGUUCCGGUCCUGAAACUACCCCAUGGUAAUCGUUGAAGUAUCCCUGUCAGGAGUCUAAACAUUUAAAGAUUUCUGCAUUGUUUUCAAGUAUGUGUACCUGGUCGAACAGCAAACCACCUAAGUGGGCUACCUAUUUGUCGAAAUUCGUGAAUGUGUCGACGCACAGCAGUCAAUAUAAAGGUUGGGUUUUCACGGUGGAUCCAGUCUCGGCAAGCAUCGUGCUGGUGACGUUUCCAGACGCGUCUCCUCCGCGUGUUCAGGUCGUGCUCGGCCACCAGGUGGCGUCUGUGGAGGUCCUGCAGGAUGAUGGUAGUCACGGUAACGCUUCUCGACUGGCCUCCGUGUUCUCCUCCAGCGGUGGUGGCGGCGGCGUUGCCCUAGUAACCCCCGAGGAGCUGCAGCAGCGUAGAGCGAGCAUGCGCCGGUGGAUCGAGCGGCACCACAUCCCCGUAACAGAGGACGGCGAGCUGCUGAGGGUGGCGGGAGUGCUGACCAUCAGCGCCCCCUACGGAGCGGAGGACUGCAGCAGCUCCAACGAGAUCAUCCUGUCCAGAGUACAGAGCCUGCUGCACAGCAACCCCGAACUCAAGUAGCAACUCAGGACCUCAAGUAGCAACCCCCGACCACAACAUCCUGUUCAGGGUACAGAGCCUGGUGCAGAGCAAACCCCAACACAAGUAGCAUCGGAGCAACCUGGGGUGCAUUUCUCGAAACCAUAGUUGCUUACUGUGUUAUCUACUUUGUUGUCUGCAAUACAACUACCCAAGUUGCUAACUGGCUAACAACUACACUUUCGAGAAACACACCCCUGGACCAGGAGUAACAUGGGUGAUGUUCAUCAUCAAGGCUGAAGUACUCAAGUUCGGACGUCUAUGGACUCAAGACUUAUCUUGGACUUGCUAUUGUAUUAGUUGGACUCUGACUUGUCUUGGACUCGGCCGCUGGUCUUUCUUGGCAAACGAGGCUGUUGGACUCGCCUCAGUCUGUCGUUGGCCGUUGGAAAUUCUAAUGUGGAGAUUAAAAUCCAAUAAAGUACACGUUUGUCUUCACAGGCAUAGCAGCAUAGGCUACAUGUGGGUUGCCUUCAAACAUUCUCGUUACAAUACUGACACAUUCAUCUUGUAGGUUGACUUCAAACAUUCACGUUACUGACCUUUUUAUGAUUCUUUUCAUUGUUUAACACUGACCGACAUGUGACCCGGACUUGACUUGGACUCUAAUCUUUUUGGACUCGGUCUCGUCUCGGACUUGAACCUCUUUGGACUCAGACUUGUCUCGAAUUUAUCUAGUCUGGUCUUGGACUCUACAAAGGUGGACUUGACUACAGCCCUGUGGACCAUCCCAAAUAGGCUGCUUUGAUUGUAAAAACCUGUGGUUGUUGCAGAUUGGACACGCUUGAAAGUGGGAAAGGGGUUUAGUUUUCUGUUCUGAAAAUGACGACCAACUGUUGUUUCUAGCACCACUUCCUGACUGAGAAUGGUUCAUGUUUUGUUAUCGUCUCAUUGUUCAUGAAAUGAAAUUUGAAUAAAAGUUGACCUCAUCUUUGAA